AUGGCAGCUAAGCUACAACACAAAAGAAAGAGAAGUUGGGAAAAGGAAUUUUACAAGAACGGAUUUCCUUCAGAAGUCAUUGUCAUAUCAGAUUCCCCAACUCCAACACCUCCACCCUCUCUGCCACAAGCAACAAACUCAUCGUCCUCGUCUUCGUCCAGCAGCCAUGAUUCCUUGUAUCCAGCAAACAAGAGACGCUAUCUGCUUGAGCCCGAUCACAAGCGAAUCUACAAAAAUACCAGCGAUCUCUCAUUGAAUCAGAGCUUAUCAGCUUUCCAUUAUUUCCCAACUGCAAAUCACAUCUAUCCCUCAACAACAACUGCAGCUGCAGCGCCAACUUCAUCUACACUAGCGCCGCAAUUGCCAGCAACUUCCUAUCAUUUACCUCCAGCAAGUACACUACAGAAAAGACCUGUUUUGCCAACCGCAUCUUCCACGGCAACAACCAAGCAGCCAGCAGAGUUUUACGACGAUAAAGAUGGACAUUACAUUGUUAGACCAAAUGAAUCAUUAACACAACAAUACAAAAUUAUGAGAUUAUUGGGACAAGGGACGUUUGGCAAGGUCGUUGAAUGCUAUGACAGAGUACGCCGAAAAUACUGUGCCAUCAAAAUCAUCCGUGCUAUCCCAAAAUACAGAGAUGCAAGCAAAAUAGAAAUUCGAGUCUUGAACACUUUGAAACAUCACGAUCCGCUUAAUCUCAACAAAUGCAUACAUUUGGUGGAAUGGUUCGACUUUCGUAAUCACAUUUGCAUGGUAUUCGAGCUCUUGGGUCAAUCCGUGUUUGACUACCUCAAAUCAGUCCAGUUCAAGCCAUUUCCGCCCACUCAAAUCCAGCACUUGGCAAAGCAAUUGAUCACCAGUGUAGCAUUUUUGCAUGAUCUUAAAUUAGUUCAUACCGAUUUAAAACCCGAGAACAUUCUACUAGUGGGCGAGCCUACAACGACAUGCACAGAUAUACGCUUAAUCGACUUUGGAUCUGCUACUUUUGAAAAGGAUUAUCAUUCAGCUGUGGUCUCCACUCGCCAUUAUAGAGCACCUGAGAUUAUCCUGGGUAUAGGCUGGUCCUAUCCAUGUGAUUUAUGGUCGAUUGGCUGCAUUUUAGUGGAAUUCUUUACUGGCGAUGCUCUUUUUCAAACUCAUGACAACUUGGAGCACUUGGCAAUGAUGAAUUCUGUCCUUGGUCCAUUGCCUCUACACAUGGUCAUGUCUGCAAACAAAGAAGGCCAAAAGUUCUUUUUCAAAGAGAGCAAAAAGCUGCGAUAUCCUACAACAAAGACAACCAAGCAAAGCAGGAAGUUUGUGAGCGCAUUGAAGCCAUUGCAAGAAAUGAUACCGGCAAACAAUCAACACAACAAGUUUUUGCUAGACUUGCUGAAGAAAUUGCUCGUCUAUGAACCUAGUCAACGUAUUUCUGCUCGUGAGGCGCUUCGCCACCCAUUUCUUUCAUGCUGCUAA